ACUCCCAUAACCCUCAGCGCAUAGCUGGCGUAACAACAAACGCGCGGGUAAAAUGGAAUAGGAUGUCUUUGCAGAGCUGGAGUCUGGGCAUGGUGCGGGAGAUAGAGAGAAAAUACAAUUUCAUUAAACAUUAGACAUUAUUUAGCCUUUCACGUAAAACAGUGAGAGAAAAUGGACCUGAGUGAAUUUGAAGCGGACAAUUCCAGGAGUUGCCGGCUGGCUUCUGUCGUUCCGGAGGUGUGCCGGACAGAGGACUGCUGUCUGGGGAUCGACGAGGCCGGCAGGGGUCCCGUCCUCGGUCCCAUGGUUUAUGGGAUAUGUUUCUGCCCGGUGUCGAUGAAGCCGCACCUGCAGGAUCUCAAAGUUGCGGAUUCGAAGACGCUGUCGGAAGAGGAGAGGGAGAGGCUGUUUGUGAAGCUGGACGAAGCGAAGCACUUUGUGGGCUGGGCUCUGCAGGUCCUGUCUCCCAAUACCAUCUCCACCAGCAUGCUGCAGAGGGUCAAGUACAACCUGAACGCUCUGUCUCACGAUGCAGCCAUCGGGCUGGUUCAGCAUGCUCUGGACUGCGGGGUGCAGCUCAAAGAGGUGUUUGUGGACACAGUGGGACCUGCUGACAAGUACCAGGACAAGCUGUCCCAGCGAUUCCCGGGGGUGGAGGUCACUGUCAGACCCAAGGCGGACUCCCUGUUCCCCAUCGUCAGCGCUGCCAGUAUCUGUGCCAAGGUGGCGAGGGAUCACGCGGUGAAGGACUGGACGUUUGUGGAAGAUCUGGGAGAGGCUGAGAUGAAGUAUGGCUCCGGAUACCCCAACGACCCCAAAACCAAAGCCUGGCUGUCCCAGCAGCUGGACCCCGUGUUCGGAUACCCGCAGUUCGUGCGUUUCAGCUGGAGCACCGCCAAGACCCUCCUGCAUAGCAAGGCUGUGCCGGUACACUGGGAUGAUGAUGACGACGAUGAGGGCGGUGCGAAGGCGACAGCGGCCAAACAGAACUGCUCCUCCGUGCUGUCGUAUUACGGGAGGAAGAAGAACGACGAGGGAGCCAAGAGGCUGCCCCAUCGCUACUUCACAGAGCAAGCCCUGGAGACGGUCCGGGACCUGUAGCUCCGUGCUGGGCCGGGUCCUCUUCAGAGCGGCUGGGCCGUCCGUAAGACAGUCGAGAUGCAAUUGGACUGAACUGCCCGGGAAUCGCCAGCCUCUGCACGCUGGGUUAGACCACAGCUUCCAGUGGUAACUGGUGUUGCAAUGCAGAACGGGUCUGCGUGUGUUGGUGCGUCUCUCUCUCUCUCUCUCUCUCUCUCUGUGUGUGUCAAGCUGUAGUAAAAUAAGCAUGAUGUCAAUGUUUUGAGAAGAGGCUUGCCUUGUCUCUUUGCUUAAAGGUGAGCUUGUUCUCCUCAUCUGGCGAUUGUUUGUUUGUUUGUUCAUAACUUUAAUUAUUCCAUUUCAUAAAUCUUUGUAUUACCCUUUUUUUUAAAUAACACAUACACGCAAUCUUGUAACGCCAACAUGUUCUCAAAUAAAUAACUUUAACAUUCAAACAGGUGUAAAAUCUAAA